GACGCUAUGUCACUGUUGCUGCAGCACAAUAUCUCUACAUACGGCUGAGUAGGCUAGUGUGUGCAGCUUGCGCUUGUUGGUCAAAACAAGUGUGUGGAAGAUGGCGACGGAUGGAGGCACUGACAGCGGCUCACAUAGCAUGGAUAAAAGCAUAACCCUGCCUCCGGAUGAGAUCUUUCGGAAUCUGGAAAAUGCCAAGAGAUUCGCAAUAGAUAUAGGUGGCUCGUUGACAAAACUGGCAUAUUACUCCACAGUUCAGCACAAAGUGGCCAAAGUAAGAUCCUUCGAUCAUACGGCCAAGACGAGCUUUCAGAACGAAACUGAUGGAGACCCGCUGUACGAGAUCUCGGUCCAGGAGGAGAUCACGGCUCGGCUCCACUUCAUUAAGUUCGAGAACCGGUACAUAGAAACCUGCCUGGAUUUCAUUAAAGACCACCUGGUAAACACCGAGACCAAAGUGAUCAAGGCUACAGGAGGAGGAGCUUACAAGUUCAAAGACCUGAUUGAGAAGAAGUUAAAACUCAAAGUGGACAAAGAGGACGAGAUGUCUUGUCUUAUCAAGGGUUGUAAUUUCGUGCUGAAGAAUAUCCCUCACGAGGCUUUCGUUUACGCAAAACACGCCGACCCAGAGUUUCGCUUCCAAAACACACACCCGGACAUCUUCCCUUAUCUUCUGGUUAACAUUGGCUCUGGAGUUUCCAUCGUCAAGGUAGAAUCGGAGGACCAAUUUGAGCGCAUCGGUGGGAGCUCCAUCGGCGGUGGUACAUUUUGGGGUCUUGGAGCAUUGCUUACAAAAACUAAGAGAUUUGAUGAGCUUUUGCAGUUGGCCUCUAAGGGGCAGCACACCAGUGUGGACAUGUUGGUUAAGGACAUCUAUGGGGGAGCGUCCGUCUCUUUGGGAUUGCCAGGAUACCUCAUAGCAAGUAGCUUUGGAAAAUCUGCCACCACUGAUAAAGAGUUCUCCCAAGAAGACAUGGCUAAGAGCCUGCUGCACAUGAUAAGUAACGAUAUCGGCCAGCUCGCCUGCCUCUACGCCCGACUGCACAACCUCACCCGAGUUUACUUUGGAGGAUUCUUCAUUCGAGGGCACCCGGUGACCAUGCACACCAUCACCUACAGCAUCAAUUUCUUCUCCAAGGGCGAGGUGCAGGCUUUGUUCCUAAGACACGAAGGCUACCUGGGUGCUAUCGGGGCGUUUUUAAAGGGCGCUGAAGAAGACAAUCCUAAUCAAUACAGCUGGGGAGAAAACUACGCUGGAAGCUCCGGACUCAUGAGCGUGUCUCCGGAGCUUAAUCCUAUGCAACGGGCACGGAGUGGCACCUUUGAUAUGCUGGAGAUGGAUCGUUUGGAGAGGCAGCUGGUGAACUUGCCACUCCUGCAGGACCCGUCUUCUUAUAUCCCUGACACAGUCGAUCUCACUGAGGACGCUCAGGCUAGAGAAUACUGGCUCUACUGUUUUGAGGAAGCACUGGAUGGGGUGGUGAAGCGAGCCUUGGCCAGUCAGAAAGACCAGCCCGAGGCCACAGAGAGAGCAGAGAAGUUCCGCCAGAAGUACAGACACAAGCUGCAGACAUUACGUCAUCAGCCAUUUGCUUAUGGAUCCCUCACUGUUCGGAGUUUGCUUGACACCAGGGAGCACUGUUUGAAUGAAUUCAACUUUCCUGACCCCUAUUCUAAGAUCAAACAGAAGGAGAACGACAUGGCGCUAAAGUACUACCAGAAGGUUGUGGAGUCUCUGGAGGAGCUGAGCUGGGAGCAGAGGCAGUUUGCUCUGGCCCGAGGCCUGCUGGCAGGCAACGUGUUCGACUGGGGAGCCAAAGCCGUGUCCGACAUUCUGGAAACUGAUCCGCAGUUCGGGUUCGAACAGGCGAAGCAGCAGCUGCAGGAGCGUCCUUGGCUUGUAGAUGCCUUUAACCAGUGGAUUGAAAGAUUGAAGGGUCCUCCUCACAAAUGUGCACUGUUUUUCGUAGAUAAUAGCGGAGUGGACAUCAUCCUAGGAGUUUUCCCCUUCGUAAGAGAACUCCUCAAUCGAGGCACAGAGGUUGUCCUCGCGAGUAACUCGGGUCCUGCCCUUAAUGAUGUAACUAAUAGUGAGCUGCAGAUUGUCACAGAGAGAAUAGCUGCUAUGGAUCCUGUCAUUCAGUCCGCAGUAAAAGAGGACAGGCUGACGUUAGUUCAGAGCGGAUCCAGUUCUCCAUGUCUGGACUUAAGUCGAUUGGACAAAGUCCUGGCCACGGUGGUGCGCGAGCGUGGCACGGACCUUGUGAUCAUUGAAGGCAUGGGCCGUGCCAUCCACACCAACUACUACGCCAUGCUAAACUGCGAAAGCCUCAAACUGGCCGUCAUCAAGAACUCGUGGCUGGCCGAGCGGCUGGGCGGGAAGAUUUUCAGCGUGGUCUUCAAGUACGAAGUUCCUUCCAAAGCUCAGGGGCAACAUUAACUAAACAUUUCUGACACGGAAACUCGGAUCAGUCUGGGGGGUCGGAUAUAGGGCGCUGCACAGGGGACGUGAGCCUCCGCAAACCCCGUGCCUCUGUGCCACGUCAUUGAGAUUGACACGAUGAUUAUAGACACGAGGGUGGAAUAUUUUUUUCUUUAAUCCCAGUCAAGAAUAAUAAAGAUAACAGUCCAAUCAGACUUAUCGCAUGCUCGCGCCUGCCUAGUGCUUCUGUCAUUAAAUGUGGAAAGUGGGGUGAUUCCUCGGGCAAGGGGGGGUUGAUUGAUAUCAUAUGUUCUUGAGUCACAUUCUGUCGAGACCCUGACUUUAGAUUCAGUCUGGAGUCUUAGGUAAUCAUCAGUUUAAGGAGAAAACGCACACAUGUGCACAUAAAAUAAUUUUAUGUGAGCACAGAUAUAAAAAAAAAAAACAGGCUUUGUAGUUCAGAGUAAAUUGUAUCACACCGUUUCUAAGGAAGUUUUUUUUUUUUUUUUUUUCUGGAAGCGCAUGAAUGAAAGAGGUGGUACAUCACAGGGCUAAUCCGCGGUUUUUGUUAGAUGACAUUUAACAUAACAUACAGUAUACGUAUGUGCCUUGAGUGUGUGUGUGUGUGAGAGAGAGAGAGAGAGUGUGUGUGUGUGUUUUGCUAGUCUGAAAAGCAGCAUUUACUUUAAACGAAUACUCCAGCAACCCAGUCUCUGUUCAGUGCAUCUUUAGAGAACAAUUCUUUCCUGUAUUGAGUGAAAAAUAAAAGCAGACUUGAAAUGGAGGUCUUGAUAAAGUGCGGUGGUUAACUUCACCAAAAGUGCUUGUGAUUUUGCUCAUGACGAGCUAAACAAUUUAAAUCUUGAUUUAACAAAGUAAAAGCGUCAUUUUAAAAGAAGACGUUUAUUUAGCCUAUAUGGAAGGAGUCUCCAGUGUUGGCGCUUUGAGACCGGGGAUUAAGCUGCUUUCCAGGUUUCUCUUCUUAUUUUAUUACUCUUUGUUUAAAUUACCAUGUGAAGGAGCGACUUUUAAGUAAUGAACUUGUCUUUCAGUUGUUCCACGACCUUAGUUAUAGAUAGAUAAAAGCACACUAUUAAUAAGUAGCACGAACGUGUUCUAAGGUUGAGCAAAAGUUUGUAUAGAACACGCAAAUGACAAAAAGGGGUGAAGAGAGCAGAUCUCCUUUAAUAAAUCCAAUUACAAAUAAGCCUUUUAAUUUUGUACCUUGUUUGCUUUUCAGUUGAGUAACAGAGAUACUAAAUAUUUUAUUUUCACCUAAAUAAUGUUAAGAAGGGUGCAAACCUUUGCACUCAGCAGUAAGUGUGUGAUGAAAAAAGUGCACCAGGACAUCUAUUAUAUAUUUUAUUCUUACUACCAAUAAAGAUGCAUGGGAAAAGAGACUAAAUUCUUUGGAGUAUUCCUUUAAUUCAUUCUUUUCACUCACUGCCAUUAAGGGGUAGGUGCUAAGGGUAUAAGCACCUACCUUUUCCUUCCUUUUAAAGGUUAGAACUUUUUAAAAUAAAAAUAAAAACUGAAAUAUUGUGUUUUCAAAGUAAGGGAGCUGCACUACCGUUAGCUACCAGAUGGCGUCAGUGUUGCAUCAUUUAAAAAUCAGUUCUGUCGUUCUUUACUGUUUUAGUUUCCUUUUAUUUCUCCACGUUAGCUUAUAGUGUUGCUUGGAAUUUUUGUUUGUUCAUUUAAAUCCAAGUCAGGGUCGCUGAGGAAAAUUUACUGAGAAAAGAACGCACACUUUAACACACAGACCGCCCAUGCAGAUUUUGGACAGGACUCAUCUCAGUUGUAUGAACAAGAGAAUGGAAUUUUAGGCAAAAACUCUGUUAUUAAAUCAUAAAUCAUUUUGCGAUUAUUUCAUUUUGUUUAUUUAGUCAGUCUUUUUUUUUUUGCUGUAGCUUUUAUGAUGUUAGUCUGUGUUAUAUUAAUGUAUAGAAUGAUAAACGUAAAUCAGGUAGGAUGUUGGCAAUCGCAAUAACAAGUUGUUGAGAGUUUAAGGGUUGCACAAAAUGCAUUAUCAUGAAUGUGUUAAUUUUUUUCAGACCAAAGCCGUUUGUAUUAUUCACACCCCUCCCCUGCCUUUGUGUCCAAAUUCGUUUUUAGAUUGAUGGAUUUUUUUUUUUUUUUUUUUUUUGUAAAGUCAUGUAUGUGUAAAUAUGAUAAUAAAUAUUCAAGUGUGUACAUAUGUGUCGCGUUCGUUCCGGCAUUUUUGAGACGCACAUUAUUUUAGCUAAAAGAAAUCUAUUUACAUUCUUUCUUGACAAUCACAUGUAAUUCAAUGUUAAAUAUAUUUUGCAAUGUCUUCACAA